AUGCUAGGAGCUGCUUAUAGGAACAGCUCAAUCGAGUGGAGGCCGUCUCCAGUUAUAUCCCUCGCCACCAGCGCCGACGAAUCUCAGUUCGCUGCUGCUCGUGAAGACGGCUCACUUGAGAUUUGGCUUGUGUCUCCUGGCUCGGUCGGCUGGCACUGCCAGCUGACGAUUCACGGAGACCCUAAUUCGCGAGUUUCGUCGCUUGUAUGGCCUCCUGCUGGCUCGAAAGGGUUGCCUUGUGGUAGAUUGUUUUCGUCUAGCAUUGACGGUUCAGUUUCAGAGUGGGAUCUUUUUCACUUAAAGCAGAAGAAUGUGUUGGAGUCAAUAGGGGUCUCAAUUUGGCAGAUGGCUGUGGCGCCUUGUAGUAAUUCAGCAGUUCAUACAGAGCACAACUCACAGCACCUUGGGAAUGAAUAUUUAAAUGAUAGACACAAAGGUGGUGAAGAGUCUGAAUGCAGCAGCGAGAGUGAAGAAGAUUCAGACUCGGAUGAACAGCAUGAGCAAAUAGUUGUUGAGGAUCAACGUCUGGCAAUUGCUUGUGAUGAUGGUUGUGUGCGGAUAUACACUAUUCCUGACUCAGAUGAGUUAAUAUACAAUAAAACGUUGCCGAGGGUCAGUGGGCGUGUUUUAAGUGUGGCAUGGAGUCCUGAUGCGAGUAGAAUAUAUUCAGGCAGUAGUGAUGGGUUUAUAAGGUGUUGGGAUGCUAAGCUUAGUAAUGAGAUAUACAGGAUUACUGCUGGGCUUGGUGGUUUGGGUAGCGGACCUGACCUUUGUAUUUGGUCUUUACUUGCCCUUAGAUGCGGUACCCUUGUUAGUGCAGACAGUAGUGGUGCUGUUCAGUUUUGGGACUCUCAACAUGGGACACUUUUGCAGGCACAUACUUCUCACAAGGGCGAUGUGAACGCGCUGGCAGCUGCACCUAGUCAUAACAGGGUGUUCUCUGCUGGAUCUGAUGGCCAGGUUAUUCUUUAUAAGCUUUGCAGUGAGACAGUUAAGUCUGGUGAUAACAUAGAUUCUUCUAAAAUGUUGAAGAAAUGGAUCUAUGUUGGUUAUGUAAGAGCUCAUACACAUGAUGUUAGAGCCUUGACAGUGGCAGUACCAAUUAGUCGAGAAGAUCCUUUGCCUGAUGAUAAACUCUUUGCCUAUUCUGCCCAGGAAUUCACUAAGUUCUCGCCUCAUGAUAUCUGCCCAGCACCCCAAAGAGUGCCAAUUCAGCUGGCUCUUAAUACUGUAUUCAACCAGAAUUGUUUGCUUCUUGUCCAAUCAUCUUCCUGGUUAGAUAUUCUCUGUGUUCAAACAAAAGGUGGAUUCAUGACUGAUACAGGUCCUGGCCCAUCAAGGGGCCAUGCGACGACUGAUAUUCUAGCUCGAAUUAAGACUAAGGGAUCACGGAAAAUUAUUUGCAGCACCAUUUCUAAUGCAGGGGUUCUUUUUGCUUACUCAGACCAUGUUAAACCCAAUCUUUUUGAAUUGAAGAAGGAAGUCAGAAGAGGUGCAUGGACUGUUAAUAAAAAGCCUCUUCCUGUGAAAUUGCCAUAUGCACAUUCCAUGGUCUUCAGUGCUGAUUCAUCCCGAUUGAUGAUAGCAGGGCAUGAUAGAAGGAUAUAUGUUGUAGAUGUGGGCAGCUCAGAGUUAGUGCAUACCUUCACACCACGUCAUGAGGAAUAUGACGAAGAAUUACCGCCCAGUGAGCCUCCCAUAACAAAAAUGUUUACUAGUUGUGAUGGGCAGUGGUUAGCUGCUGUCAACUGCUUUGGAGACGUAUAUGUAUUUAAUCUGGAGACACAAAGGCAACACUGGUUCAUAGCAAGAUUGGAUGGUGCCUCUGUCUAUGCAUUUGAUGUGGAGGCAAAACAGUUGGGAGAAUGGUCAAUGCGGCAUACAUUUGUUCUACCCAAGAGAUACCAAGAAUUUCCCGGGGAGGUCAUUGGGCUCUCUUUCCUGCCUCUGUCAAGCCCUCCUUCUGUUAUCAUUUAUAGUGCCAGGGCGAUGUGCUUGAUUGACUUUGGGAUGCCAGUGGAUCGAGAGGAAGAUAGUGAUUUAGUAAACAGUCAGCAUGCUCCAUUGAAGAAGUUACAAACCACUACCAUGAAUGGGGGACUGAAACGCAGGUUGAAAGAAUAUCAACCAGAGGCUAAACAUAGAAAAAACUUUGAAAUUCUUGCUUUCAGAGAUCCUGUUUUAUUUAUUGGCCACCUUUCAGAAAAUUCUGUCUUGAUUAUGGACAAACCAUGGAUGGAUGUGGUUAAAACUUUUAAUGCCCAACCUGUCCACAGACAUAUAUUUGGGACAUAA